AUUGACUCUGUAACCUCCUCGAGAGUGGGCAUCAGAGUUAUGGAACCAUGAUGCCAGGUUGCAUUCAAGCACCCACGAAAAGCGAAAUAACAAGUGUAACAAGUGCAGUGUGUUAAAAAAUGGCGAUGCAUCGGAACGCGGUAGACUAAAAACGAUGCAGUGUGUUAGUGAAAAAAUUGUUAACCUCAAAAUUUCAAGAAAGUAAUUGACUGCCUCGUAGAAGAGCAUCAUUUUUUUGUCCAAAUGACAUGGGAAUUUGCAGCAGAAGAUAUUUUCUAUUGACAUUAUGCAUUCUACAACUUAUUACUACCAUCGAGCGACAAGUCUUCGACUUCCUGGGGUUUAUGUGGAUCCCGAUACUGGUCAAUUUUUUCAACUUGAUUUUCGUGAUUCUUGGAUUUUUCGGAGCCUUUCAAUAUCGUCCUAAAUACAUUAUAUCGUAUUGUAUUUGGAACACACUUUGGCUGGGAUGGAACAUUUUUGUAAUUUGUUUUUACGUCAAUGCUGGAAUUUUAGACAAGAAAAGUGAUUUAUUGAAUUUCGGUACUGGCAGCUUUUCCUGGUGGCUGGCUAACGGACCAGGAUGUAAACCAAUUUAUGAUAAUAUUGAACCAGAAUUUUUCAGACCAGCAAGACCUACUAAUGUUACUGGUUGUAUUUUAGAAUAUGAAGUAAUCGAAAUUUUACAUGCUUCUAUUCAAUGUAUUUUGUCUGUCAUAGCAGUCGUGGGUGGAAUAUGUCUUAGCCGAGUUUUUCUCGAAGAAGAUGAUAGUUUACACAAUAAGAUGAUGAUGAAGAAGAAGAAGAAAAAACAACCUCGACCAUUGUAUAGCAUUGAAUAUUCCCAACCAGAGCCACCAAUUCAGGAUGAGAGUGUUUCACCAAAACCAAUGACACCACGUCGAGUUAAACGUCGUUCGGUAAUAUCACGUGACGGAACAAGACGAUCAAGUCGAAGAAGUUCAGUGCGACAAUCGAGGAGAAAAAAUCCUGUUAAUCGCAUUAUGGAUCAACAAGAGGGUCUCUAUGCGAAUUCAUCAAUCAGUAAUCUCACCAAUCAAAAUGUCUCGUCCCUAUCGCAGGGGACUUUGAAUUACGAUAGAAUUGCAAAUAAUUGGGAUAGAGAGAGAAAUCUCAAUUGGCAACCGGAAGCAAUGAAUAUGGCAGUUUCCACGCCAACCUUAUGGAAUCAGGAUUCCAAUUAUUCAAAUUGUACAAAUUUUCCAAGUCAAAAUAUACCACAAUGGGACGGAGGCGGUGGCAGUAGUUCAACGAGAAAUUUAACUGACAAUUGGCAAGGGAAUCAAAUGAAACCAUUACAAUGGCAGGGACAGAGUAAUCCAUCAUUUCAGCCAACAAGUACGCAAAACAUCAAUGGAGAAGACGUUGAUGAAAUUUAUAGUAAUCGACCGGCGAGUGCAAGGUCAAGUUACAGUAAUUAUCAUGGUGUCCGUGCGACUCCACAAGUUCCUCAGAGGACUGAUAUUGUUCGACAAAGUCAGAGGCAAUUUGUCCUCAGUGGACCGCCAGCUUAUCAGGAUACCGUGAUUUAAAUUAAAUGUUCAUUCAAUUAUUGAGUUGAAAUUCCUCAAGUAAAACAGAUUUUAAUGAAUUCAUUUAAUUUAUAAUUGAAUUGAAAAGUUUUAAAUUACAAAUUUUGUAAACUAAUUUUCUUUUAUAUAAAGGAUUUUUUAAAAUUACUGUUACACUUCAGGAAGAAAAACUCUUGUAUAAAAAGGGUACUUAAUUUAAGUAUUGAGUAGUUUGUAGUUUAUUCAAAAUAAUAGCAAUAGGUACAAGAGUUUUAAUACAAUUUUUAAAUUACUCGGGUAAUUUUAUUUUAUUUUUUUAAUUUAGAAUUAUAAUGCAAACAAGAUACAAAAAUUCCAAAAAAAAAGAAACUCUUGUGCCACUUCCAGUAACGUCACUGAGAUUGUCAUACAUUUUCAUGUAUUUAAAUCAAAUCAUAGGUGAUUAUUUAUCUUAAAUUUAGUGAAUUGAUCAUGAAAAAAAAGUAGGUCCCUCUCUGUAGAAAUAUUUUUUUCAUGUUUUUUUUUUUUAAUUUCACAGAAUUUCUCUUCUUUUUGAAAAUUUUCUUUAUCUAUAAUAUUUUUCAUUAAGAUGAAUUGAAAACUAUUUUUUAUUACAACAAUUUUUUGAAUCUUUUUUCAUAAGAAAAAGAUUAAAAAUUAUUUUUUAUUAAAUAUAUACCUACAGUUUCUCUGUAAUAAUCUCUUUUUUAUAAAAAGACUUAAGUGAAUUUUUAUAAGCGCACAACUCUAUUAAUUCCGAGGAAUUUAAAAAAGUUAAUUUUUUUUAAAUUUGAAAUCUCUCAGAUUUUUAAAAGUUAGUAGAUAAAAUAAAUAAAAAAAUAA